AUGUUCGACGGAGGCGGGGGGACUAGAGAACGUUUUGUGAUUCCACGCGGGAUGGUGCGAGGAAUUGAGGUUGAAAUCGUGAUCUCUGACCCACGUACUAUUUGGUGGGUUGUCGGCUACGGAAUGGCUGUCGCGAAAGCCCAGUAUGCAAUUUCUGAGAUCACACGAAUGCUACGAGCCAAGGGCGUGAAAGUCAGAUUCGCAAUCCACCCGGUGGCUGGCAGAAUGCCUGGACAGUGUAAUGUCUUGUUAGCGGAAGCCUCCGUACCAUACGAUAUCGUACUGGAGAUGGAUGAAAUCAAUGAUGAUUUCGAUGACACUGACGUAACGCUGGUCAUUGGGAAGGGGGGGAAGGGGGGCGCGAAUGAUAUGAUGGAUAGAUAA